CAUAUAUUUGCCGCUUCAUUUUAGAAAUUGCGCAACUCUUCUGCGUCUCAACUCCCAGAAAUCGGAGACGAGCAUGGAACCCUCACGCUCUGCUAAUUCCGGUUCCAAUUCUAAACGAACCCCAAAUUCAAAUCGCAGUAACAGCAGCAAUCAAAGCAACAAGAAGAAGAAGGCGAGUCAAAAGACCCUAGGCAUGGCCUGGGGUGCCAAUUCUCGUUCUGCUUCUCGUCCUGCCUUCUAUAGUUCACCUUUCUCCAAUUUCGGAAGUUACAUGGCCGUGAAGAAUCAGAAGCUUCACGAGCAGUUUGAGGUGGAGGCAUCAAUCACUUCUCUCAGUGGUCCAAGUUCUUCAAAACCUAUAUUUCAGGGCGUAUCCAUUUUUGUUGAUGGAUACACGGUUCCUUCCAGUCAGGAACUUCGAGGAUAUAUGUUGAAGCAUGGAGGCCGUUUUGAAAAUUAUUUUUCUAGGCGUCGUGUUACUCAUAUAAUCUGUAGUAAUCUUCCUGACAGUAAGGUCCAGAAUUUAAGGUCCUUUAGCAGGGGACUUCCAGUAGUCAAACCCACAUGGGUGUUGGAUUCUGUCUCUGCAAAGAAGCUUCUGAAUUGGGUUCCUUAUCAGCUUGAUCAGCUUGCAAGUGAAGUUAAUAACCAGCCUAAGCUAUCUGCUUUCUUCACAAAAAACAUUGCUAUUUAUGAUGAUAUGACAACAUGUUCAACUGUCCAAGCCACAUCUAGAGUUGAGAGCCCAUUGUCAUAUUCUGGACCAAUUGAAGAUCCUGUAUCCUUUGAAGAGUCGCAAUCUGCAGAAGAUUUGGAGCCUCGUGCUCUAGAAUCUAAAGAUCUAAUGCAAGCAAACUACAAUGUAGAUAGAAUCGAAGAGUCAAGUUGUAGCAUGGCAAUGCAAGAACUGAGUGAUGCUGCAAGUGGAGAUGGAAGCCAAGCUCCAUUUUCAGCACCUUUCAGUCCUCAUAACGAUGCAUCAGUUUGUAGCGACUGGAUGAGUGAUCCUGUUAACACGGCCCCAUCAAAUUUAAAGAUUCCUAGGUCUCCUAAUCAGCGACAUUCAACUCUAGUUGAUGCUAAUUUUGUGGAAAAUUACUUCAAGCAUUCUAGGUUGCAUUUCAUUGGCACCUGGAGAAACCGGUAUCGUAAACGAUUUCCUAGCUCCCCUGGUGGGUUUAGAUGCAUAAGUUCAGGCCCUAGUUCUUCAGCAACAGCAAAUAAGACAAUGAUUAUUCAUGUGGAUAUGGAUUGCUUUUUUGUGUCUGUGGUCAUUAGAAAUCGCCCCGAGUUGAAGGAUAAACCUGUUGCCAUUUGCCAUUCAGAUAAUCCACGCGGAACAGCAGAAAUAUCUUCAGCCAAUUAUCCUGCUAGGGGUUAUGGAGUUAAGGCUGGAAUGUUUGUCAGAGAUGCCAAGUCACGUUGCCCUCACCUAGUCAUUCUUUCUUAUGACUUCGAGGCUUAUGAGGAGGUUGCUGAUCGGUUUUAUAACAUAUUGCACAAGUACUGCAACAAAGUGCAGGCCGUAAGUUGUGACGAAGCAUUUUUAGAUGCCACUGAUUCUGGAGUAGAGGAAAUUCAAGCUUUUGUCUCAGUGAUCAGAGAUGAGAUUCUUGAUGCGACAGGCUGUACUGCUAGUGCUGGUAUUGCUGAGAAUAUGCUUAUGGCGCGGCUUGCUACUAGGAUUGCAAAACCAGACGGGCAGUGUUACAUCCCUGCCGAGAAGGUGGAGGAGCACCUGUGUGAACUUCCAGUAAAAGCACUUCCUGGAAUCGGUCAUGUGUUGGAAGAGAAGUUGAACAGGAGACAAAUCACAACUUGUGGGCAGCUGCGUAUGAUUUCCAAGGAAACUCUCCAGAGGGACUUUGGUUCUAAAACUGGCAGUAUGCUAUGGAACUAUAGUAGAGGGAUAGAUGAUCGGUUGGUUGGCAUGAUACAGGAAAGCAAAUCCAUUGGUGCAGAUGUUAACUGGGGCGUGAGGUUCAAGGAUCUGAAAGACGUACAACAUUUUCUGUUAAACCUUUGCAAGGAGGUUUCAUUACGUUUGCAGGGAUGUGGAGUGAUAGGGAGGAAGUUUACCUUAAAGAUAAAGAAAAGAAAGGGUGAUGCAGGGGAGCCAGUAAAGUAUUUGGGCUGUGGUGUAUGUGAUAACUUGAGCCAUUCUGUCACGGUGCCAAUGGCAACAGAUAGUGUUGAUGUGCUUGAGAGAAUUGUUUCACAGCUUUUUACGACUUCACACGUGGAUGUGGAGGACAUACGAGGCAUGGGAUUGCAGGUCUCAAAGCUUGAAACUGCGGAUAGUUCCAAGCAAGGUCUUUUCUUCACGUUUUAUAUCUCUCUCUAUGCCAGUUAUGAUGACGACAGUAUGCCAUUUAUGAACUGUUUUUCUACUAAUUUCAUUGACAUAAAUCCAGGGAAAGAGAGAUGCUCCAUCAGAUCUUGGCUCACUGCUGCCUCUGCUAAGACCAAUUACCAAAACAGAAGCAGUAGUCAUGAGAAAGGUGCUGAUGCAGAUAACGGUAAAAACAGUGUUCAUGAACGCCAGGCUCAGUUGCAGGGUGAUUCAAGUACACCUUUCAUUGAAAUGACUGCAACGUCGCCCUCCGGUGCUGCUGGUUUUGGACAGAGAGGAACUCUUCCUCCUAUGAACGAGCUUGAUAUAGGAGUAAUAGAGUCUCUUCCUCCUGAGGUCUUUUCAGAAAUUAAUGACAUGUAUGAUGGAAAAUUGGCUCAUUUUAUUACUGAAAAGAGAAGCAAAGGUGUAUCAGAAAAAGAAAACAUAUCUUCUGUUUGCCCUGCUGCACAGGAUGAAGUUUUUGCUGCUCAUGAGCAUAAUGAAGAGGAAAUCCAAGCGGUCUCUUAUCCUAAUAAGCUUUUUGCUGAUAUGAAAAGUGGGACACUGUCUGAUGCUAGUGUACCAAAUAUGGAUGUGGUUAUUAAUGCUCUUGUCUCAGGAGGUAUCAGUCUAAUGCCCUCUUCUCUAAGUCAAGUAGACACCUCGGUUUUUCAGGAAUUACCUGAGGAGUUGAGGGCAGAUAUACUUGAACUCCUUCCUGCACACAGGAACAAUGAAUCUUCACUAGAUGCUUCCUUGGUCUGUGCUAAUAAUCAGAACUGUAGUCCUUCUAUUUCAAGCAUUGAUUUGUGGGUUGGAAAUCCACCUGAAUGGAUUGACAUAUUCAAAGCCAGCAAUUGUCAGAUUUUGUGCGUUUUGGGAGAGAUGUAUCAAAGCGCAGGGGCAAGGAAACAGUUAUCCUCUAUAUUGCAGAGGACUAUGUCUCAGAUUUAUAUUCUCCCUGAUGUCGGCACUGACGGAUGGGUCGAGGCUGUUAGUUUCUUAAGCGAGCUUAUCAAGAAGUAUCUAAAAUUAAAAAUUUCAACUGAUAUUGAAGAGGUUUAUACUUGUUCUUGCCUUUUAAGAAGGUUAACUGCAAGGUCAAAAGUUUUCAUAGAAGUUUACAACAACUUGCUUCCUCAUUUUCAGGCAUUGGUUAGUGAGAACUAUGGUGGCAGCUUUUACAUGGCUUCUGUGACAGAGUGAUGUGUGGCAUGCCUUCUUUGCCAAGAAAAAAGUGUCAGAGUGGGGGACCCCAUGGGAUGCAUUGGGUCUGAUAAGAUGUCUUCCCAGGUUAAACUGAUAGUGCUGGAGAUCAUGGUGUGUGCUGUCAAGAAAACUGGUUGAUGGAAAACAGUGCCUGUAUGUCCUUGACUUGCUCGAUUCUUCUGUUUAAGGAUAUUUUUAUCUGCCUUUAAAAAGGAGUCCUAGGAGUCUGCAUUUCUCUGUACUUUGGCAUUAUUGAUCAGGCCUAACUACACUGUAAAUACUGGUUGGAGUGAGGAGCAGUUUCCAUGGUUGUGGAUUGCUCAGAAGCAGUGUUGGGGCAGACAAAUGCUUGUUGCAAAGCUCAUGGGUGACCUAAAUUAAGUGCUAGAAGGAUUGCUCUAGAGUUCAUUGGAUGUUACGUAACUUAUUGACCUCAUAUCACUGCUACACGUAAACAUUAUUAUCCAUACCGAAGGUAGAUAUUAUGUGUUGACUCAGGUGAAACUUUGUUUACAUGAAAAACGGUGGCCUGUCAUGGUCGCAACUCGUAAUUGAAGCAUAUAUGCAAGGGUCAGCCAUCACCUGGUCUGACCAUGAAAAUGAAAGAAUACACUCGUGCUCAAAUCUACUUUGCCAAUGCAUUUUUCAGCGUGCUGUAUAUGUUAAACAGUUGAAACCGUACUGUUGGUUUACAAAUUUUUUGAUUUAUAAUUACAUAUGUCGGGAAGGGUGGAGAUAGGAUUCCAACUUUAUGAAUUUUGAAUGUUAGGUUAAAGCACGACUUCAAGUGCUAAUAUAUGAGUUAAAUUUAAGGGAAAAGAACACUAUGCCCCCCAAAAAAUAUUUAUCCUUAAAUGUUCAAUUAUUUUCAUAUCUUUUUUUUAAUUUUAAAUUUGUGUAUCAAAGAGUAAUUGAGCAGUGUCUUCAUUGAA